AGGAGCCCAGCGUCUGAGUCCUACCCUCCAGCUUCACCCAGCCUCAGAUCAGGCCUGUUCCAGGAAGGAGAGGACGGAAAACGGAUACUUUUAGGACUUUUCUCCGCUUUUUUCACCGCUUUCUGUGGACAGAAGAACCGACAGCAUGGGCGCCUACGAGGAGAAAAAGGAAACGUGUGGAACAGUCUGCCUGAAAUAUCUCCUGUUUACCUUCAACUUUCUCUUUUGGCUGGCAGGGGGCGUCGUGAUGGCGGUGGGCGUCUGGACCUUGGUGGAGAAGAGCGACUACAUCAGCCUGCUCUCCUCCAAGACGUACGCCGCCUCCGCCUACAUACUGGUCCUGGCUGGAGCCAUCGUCAUGGUAACAGGCGUGCUGGGCUGCUGCGCCACCUUCAAGGAGCAGAGACGGCUGCUGCGUGUGUACUUUGUCCUGCUGCUGUGCAUCUUCCUGCUGGAGAUCCUGGCUGGAGUCCUGGCGUACAUCUACUACCAGCAGCUGAACGAGGAGCUGAAGCAGAACCUGAGAGAAACCAUGAUAGAGAAGUACCAGCAGAAGGACCAGGACCACGUCACCAGAGCUGUAGACAAGCUGCAGCAGGAGUUCAAAUGCUGCGGCAGCAACAGUUCUUCAGACUGGGCUGAGAGCGUGUGGAUUCGCUCCAGAGACGCUCAGAGCAGGAAGGUUCCUGACAGCUGCUGUAAGACUCAGACGGAGCUGUGUGGAGCCAGAGACCAUCCAUCCAACAUCUACAAGGUGGAGGGCGGCUGCAUCACCAAGCUGGAGAAGUUCAUCCUGGAUCACCUGAAGAUCAUCGGAGCGGUGGGCGUGGGCAUCGCCUGUGUGCAGAUCAUCGGCAUGGUGUUUACAUGCUGCCUCUACAGAAGCCUGAAGGCUGAACCGUACUGAGACCAGAAGAAGAAGGAGGUCACUUCAUCCAGACAGCCCACAGCUUCUUCUGUUUAUCUUCCACUGAGGAGGAGUCUAACUGAGCAUCCCAGCGUCUCACCUGGUGAACAGCAGCUUUUCUUCAUGUGGUGAGGCUCUCAUGUGCAGCAGCAGUAGAUGUUCUCCUCCACGUGCUUUAACAGAAACCAGCUGAGAGCAGAGCGUUCAUCCUGGUAGUUUAACUAGAAUCUCCUCUCUCUGUGGCCUUCAAACUCUGGAAUGUUUCCAUCUUUUCUAUUUACAUACCAACACUCCAGGAGUUUUCUUAUGAGCUGUUACUUCCCUCAUUUAUACCCGAAUCAUCACCAGCGUUUCUGUUUUUAACAGAGCGGCACUCCUCUGUUUUUAUUGAUAGAUUACUGAUAAAUGAAGCUGUGAUAUAUCCUCCUCUCUGUCUGUCUGUCAUCACUCUGUGGUCUGAAAAACUGAACAAGAAACCAGGAAGUUAGCUUCUCUCAUGGUGGCUAAUGCUAUGCUAAUGGCUAGCAGCUAGCGGCUAAGUUAGCAGUCUGGAAAACAAUAAUUAAUAGUAAAGCUUUAAGAUCUGGACAAUAAAAGGAUAAAAUAGAGAAAUGUUAAGAAGAACAGCAGCAGACAAACUGAGAAACAGCAGAGACUAACACUAACGUUUGGAUUUUACAGAAUUUAGAGAAUUCUGAGUCUUUUUAGAAACAUUUUGAGUCAUUUUUGUCAAAUUUGAAGUCAUUCUAAACCAUUUUUAAGCAUUUUGAAGAUUUUUGAGUCCCUUUGGCAAAGUUUUUAAAUAUUUUGGAGAAUUGUGAAUCUCUUUGGAAACAUUUUGAGACAUUUUUGUUAACAUUUUCACCAUUUUUAAGUAUUUUUGAGUCACUUUGGAAAAGUUUUGGGUCAUUUUAGAAACUUGUUGUCAUUUUUGUCAGACUUUAAGUAACUUUGGACAUUUUUAAAACCAUUUUGAAAAACAUUUGAGUCACUUUGGAAAAGUUUCAUUUGAAAGAGAGUCAUUUUUGUCAGAAUUUUAGACACAUUUUAACUGUUUUGAAGAUUUUUUUGAGUCACUUUGGCAAAGUUUUUAGUCGUUUAUUGUGUUCUUUGUGUAUUUAGUCUCUGAGAUCACAGAGAGUUUUAACAGUGACGGUGUAAAUUAUUCCAGCUAAUUUAUACCUUAAUGCGUCUUCAUCAUCAUCACCAGCGUUUGUUUUUAACAGAGCUGCAGAGAUUUCCUCUAAAUUCAUCACCAGCUGUUUUAGUAAACUGCUCAUCAGCUGGAGUCAUUUCUGAAGGAGAAAUUCUGUCAUUGAAGCUUCUUAAACGAGGAUGUUUUCAUUUUUUUGUCUUCUGUAACUGAAUACCUUUGGACAAAAGCAAACUUUUAUCAUCUUGAAUUAUGAGAAAUAAACCAAACAGCUGAUCAGUUUCAUCCAGAAGCCCAUCUACAGGCGACAACAGUAGAAUAGGUCAGUCAGAGCUGUAAUUUGUGAUUUUUUUUUUCUUCCAAACUAAACACCUGAGUGGAGGCUGAUCCAGUGCCUUCCUCCCCUGCAUCACUGCCAUCGGUCUGGUUGCUCUGAAGCCUCGACCACGGAGAAAACGUUGAGCUUUUCGCUCAUCGAUUGGCAGCCGACAGUCGGCUCUUCCUGGUUCUGGUUGCCACGGUAACCCUGCUGUCUACGUGACAAACACGCCGGCCUUCAACCCACAUUUACUUUAUUUACCUCACACAUUUGAUAGCUGUUAGUAGUAACUAAUGAAAUCACAAAACAACAAGCAAACUAAAACAAUCAAAACAGACCAAAACUGUCACUGAUUAAUCAGAGUGAUGGAUGUCGAAAUGAGAGGUAAAACAAAGUUAUCACAGUGAAAUGUUUCAUAUCAGUCCUUACUUAUUGUAAUUAUGGAUCAUUAAUCACCCAACUGUAGGAGAAACAUUUGAAAAACAUCAUUUGAACCUUAAAGUACUCGGGUAAAUAGAUCAGUAAAUGUACAAAAAUACAUUUCAGUAGUGAUCCAGGGAGCCAGAAUCAGCAUUUUACUGCAUUUAAAUGAAGCUAUGGAACAUUUCUACUGUUGGUUAUUAAACUGCUACUAAUAAAAGAGGGAAAGGACUGCUUGGGAUCUUUUUGUGGAUACAUUUACUUCUCACAGAAACAACUGACAAAUCCAAACCAACUAAUUCUCAUUGUCAUUCUGUCCAGUUUAACUCUGAGGACUCGUGCAGUCACCGCUGUUUGUCCUUUUCAUGAGUUUAUUAUAGCGUCACACGUUCAUCAGUGAUCUGUUGCCUUUCACUGAACUCUCGUGUCAAAAUUGAGCCGUUUUAAAGUUUGAAAAAGUGGAAAAACUAAAUAUUUUCACAGUGAAACUUCUGAUGUCCACAUUUUCAACAUUUUAGGGAAAUUUUUGAAUAUUUUUUGGUGGAAAAAAGAAAUGUUAAAAAUGUUUCUUGAAGAAAAUUCACAAAAAAUCAACCUAAAUCCAGUGAAUUUCUUAAAGAAAAUACUAGAAGUUUUACUGAUAUAUAUGUAAUCACUUUAGAUCAUUUUAGGAUUUUUUUGAAGAUUUUUACUUAUUUUCUGAAAAUAUUUGGAAGAAUUUUCUUGCCAAAUUUGUUUUUUUUUUAAGGAAUUAUUGGAAUUUUCUUCCUGAAGGUUUUGCAGAUUUUCAGAAAUUUUGGGAAUUUUUUUGCUGAUUUUUUUCUAUUUUUUUCAGACAAGGAAACAAUAUUUUUGGUGUCUGUAAAUGAAGACAACAGGAGGGUUAGAUCACAUCGCCUUAAAAUUAAAGUUGGUUAAGGUUGUACUCUCCGUCUUUCAUUGACGAUCUCUGGCUCCUGAGCUGUUUCUCAGUGUUCGAGGCUUCAUCACUACCUGCUGCUGUUACUGAAACAUCCCAUCAUUCAGCUCAUAAGAAAACUCCUCCUGCUUUUGAUUUACUGCCUUAUUUUUAUACUUUUUAUACUUUUACACUGAUGCCAAAGUCCAUCUCUUCUCCACCGUGGUUAUCUACUGAACUGAUCCACAUCGUUUGUCUUUAAAUGAAGAUUUUGUUGACUUUUCUACGCACCAUGAAUAUAUUGUUGUAUUUAACUUGUAUUUAGCUUCUCUGUGUUCGUGUUGAUCUUCUCCCGUGUGCCUCAAAGACCAAACUAAAUGAAUCUGCUGUAUUUCUGUUUUCCUCUGAAUAAACGUCGAUCGAUGAAA